CGAGCCAAAUUGUAAAACAUGUCUCCUUUACAAAAAAAAAGAUCUUUUAUUUUGUUGUGUUUGAAAUAAAAGAACUUAUAAAAUCUAACAAAGGUGAAGAGGAUUUCUGCCUCACUUCAUCUUUUUUUCCCCCUUCAUUUCCACUUGCAAAUUGCCUGAACAGGUUUAAUGUUCAAAAUGAUUUAAUACAUGUUGGUGUGAAGGUUUUUUUGGGGGUUUUUUAAAUGAGGAUGUAUUUCUUGAAUUUGCAUGCAGUAGCGGGAUUUUACGGCGUGUCUAACCACACAGAUGCAAACUGGUCAGUGAAUUGCCCUUGAUCUAUAAUGAGUCUCUUUUGUCCUUACAAAGUGGGAUUCCCGCACCAGUAAAAUGUUUUAAAGUGUCCAAACAAAAGACAGAGAGAACAAAGAGUAACCCUUUCGAUUUUUUCCCACAUGUAUAGGAACAUUUGUAAGGUCUUUACUAAGACGACAUGGUUGUAGUAGGCGGUGUCAUCCGUGUUACCUUGGACUCGCCUCGGUCAACCCUAUUCAUGUGUGGAAUCUCAUUGUUGUCUGAAGCAUAAUUCAAACUGGUGUUUUAAAGCCAGAGAAGGGGAUGGUGGGACGGGGGGCUGGUCCCAGUUCAUUUAGAGCUGGGUUUCAUGGGUUGGAGAAGGAGAGAGGCGCCACAUCUUCUGGUGACAGUGAGAUUUAGGGAAAGAUUCAAACUCAGCGGAGUGGCAGAGCAGAGAGAAACUAGAGGGAGAGGAUUUGGAAGAUGGUGUCCAGUGGUGUGGUUUUCACCUGGUUGCUCUUCUCUCUGACAACGGCGGUCUCAGCAGUUCACCUGGAGCCCAUGGUGGAGGAGCUCAAUGAAACGGUGAUUUGUACCAAUGACCAAAUGGACGUCAUUAUUCCAAGUGCGUUUUUCCUCAACAAAGUUCCUCCGGUUGAUGUCGAUGAUUUGCAUCUAAAUGAUCCAGAAUGCAGAGGAGAGGAAAUCGGGGACAACUUCGUUUUUAGCAUAAGGACGAAUCUCUCAGACUGCGGGACCAUAAUGGUCUCUGAUGAUACACACAUCAUGUUCAUCAACACCAUACACAAUAACUAUUCAGAUAUCAUCACAAGAAACUAUAUAAACAUCACGUUCGUGUGCCGCUACCCCAUAAACUACAUGGUCCAACAACCCAACAGCGAAAACAUGAUCCGAGUGGAUGUCCGAAGCAUCACCCUGAACACUGAGGAUGGGAAUUUCUCAGUGUCAAUGCUGCUGUACAAAGACAAAGCCUUUGAGGACGUGUGGACAACUGUGCCGUCCCUGACCCUGGAUGAAAACAUCUUUGUCAAAGUUUUUAUGAUACCGGCUCACUUGAUGCUCCGUUUGGAGAGAUGCUGGGCCACACCCACCAGGGAUCCAUACGGCAACAUUCAGUACACCUUCAUCAGAGACAGUUGUUCAGUGUUGGCCGACAAACAGACUCUCAGCGUCCUGAAGAACAGCGAAGGUCCAGAGGCCAUGUUCAGGAUACAGAUGUUUAAGUUUGUUGGCAGCUCUUACGCUUUCGUCUUCCUGCACUGCAACGUCCAGAUCUGCCACAGCAGCCUGAGUGUGUGUAAGCCUAACUGUACCACCGAAGACGGACAGAUGAGGACACGGAGAGACGCCCCACUGUCCCACACCGUGUCCUACGGCCCAAUCAGACGACUGCUCACCGCCAGUGAAAAACCCAACCUAAAGCCCAGCGGUUUCCCUCCGGUGGAGACUCUCGUCCUGGGAGGCCUGCUGGUUGUCUUGCUGCUCAUCUUGCUGCUCGUCACUGGGGUGUUUGGGAGGCUGUGGCUUCGCUCCAGGCGUUUCUACCCACCACAGGAGGCACAGCUCACCCUAUCUAACAUUCACCACAUCUCAGAGGUGGCUUCAUGAAGUGAAGCUUUUAUAGAACUGACAAAUGGACAUAAACCUCACAUUGUGAUUGUAACAGCGAAUGUUUGGAGUGUUUCCUGUUCAUAUUUUAUUAUUAUUAUUAUUAUUAUUUUAAAGAAAUGACUAUAGUCAUCAAUCAUUGUUUAACUUCUCUUUCAGAGUGCGAUAUUCCAGAUUUAAUAAUAAAACAGCUAAAUAAGGUGUGCUUUAUUUCGAAAAUUUCAGUAAUAACCAUAUCAUUGCUUUCUUUGUCCUAAAAUUGUCUAAAGUCACAUCACAGUUAUUUCAGAUAUAUGUUGUAAAAUUGCACUGAGGGUAUUUCCCUACACUAUUUCAGUACCUUAGCCAUAGUGCUGUGUCCAUUGUAUGGCAAGCCAUUUAUUAUAUUGAAGUACAAAUCAAUUUUUUGUUCUUUUUUCAUGACAUAAAUCUGAACAUUUUAGCUUUCUAUAGUUCAGUUUGUCUGGUGCACAAUCUUAAAUUCUGAUAUCUCAGUUGACAUUCUUUAUAGUGAUUACUAGGGGUAAAAUGUGAUUUUUGCCUAUAUUUUUGGCCACAUAUCAAAAAGGAGUCAAUAUUAUCUGUCAGCAAAUGAUUUCAUCCGGUGUGUAUGUUUUGGCUAUAAUAAUGGUAUUUGGGACUUAAAGGUUAGCUAAGCUUUGACAGUCUAGAGCAGGGGUUUUCAAAUCCAGACCUUGAGGACCAGUGUCCUGCAACUUUUAGAUGUUUUUUUUGCUUAAACACACAAUUUUUCGCUCUAUAAACACCCCAACCAGCACCAGUGGUGGUACCAGUUUGAGAACCAUAAAGCAAAGCCAUAUUUUUUAACCUUGGAAAUGUUAAGGUUGCAAAGGAGUGGGAAAUUUUUCAGAAACCUUUCAUUAGAAGUUAGGCAGAGAAAUGUUGAACCGUUGUGAAGAGACAGUCGACAAAUAAAGAUUUCUUAUUAGGCUUUAUAAAGCUCUUGACGUUGAAAUCUAAUGAUUAGCAGAUAAUGUACAUUUUUUGUA